CGGAAUGAGCGAGCGUCUCAGUAUCCGAGGGAUUUUGUCGUGGUACGAUGUACAAAUUUGCGGUGAUUCUCGUGCUGCUGGCUGGAACGGCGUGUGCGUUUCCACCCAACAAUAUCUGGGGGGAAUCGGUAGCCGAGGAUAUCGUCGAUAAAAAGGCUCCGGAAGUCCCGUGGCAAGGAUCGGAGGUCGAAAUUCAAAAGGAAGAUGCCACCCGGGAGUCUGACGACGACCUGACCCCGACCAUCGCGAUUUCGCGAACCAAGACGCCGUCGCCAGCAUCAUCAGAUCGAAGCACCGAGGAGAAUGAAGAGGCAAAAACGUUAUGCGCCGAGGAUGAGGCACCCUGCGAUUCCCUUGAUGAAGCUACGUCACGUCAGAAGAGAAAUACCGAAAAGUUAUCUUGGAAUCAGAUAACAAACUUUCCGAUGGACAACGUGAAAGUUAUAACAAUGGACGAUCUGCCGAAUUUCCAGGGAAUUAACAUACCCGAUCUUAGUAAUAUCGAUUUCGAAAAGCUUGUGAUGGGUGAUGUGAAAGGUUUUGAGAUCCCAAAUUCGUAUCAGAUUCAGAUACCGAAUUUAUCCGGGAUUCAGAUACCGGAUUUAUCCGGGAUUCAGAUACCAGAUCUUUCGAAGCUCGGUUUACAAGAUCUUCUAGAUGGUCAAAUAAAAAUUGAGAAUAUUCCUGACCUCCAGGGGAUUAAAAUAACAGAUGGUAUUUUGAAUGGAAGCUCUGCGGUAGGAGUAAUAUUCGGAAAUGCCAACGAUACCAAUAUACUGGAUGGUUCGUUCUUCAAUAACGCUGGAGCCGGUAACGCGAAUAGCGAAGCAGUAGGAAAGCUUCAAAAAGAGGUUGAAGCGUUGACGAAAAAGUUGGAGGAGGCGGAAAAAAAUCUUGCGCUCAAGGAACUUGCAAUCAAGGAGAACGAAGGGAAAAAAGAAGAAUGUAAGACGCUUCAGGAGAAACAUGAUGCAAAGGUCAAGGCCUUGACGGAAGAAUUAGGUGAUUUGAGAAAAAAGUCAGACGAACAGUCCAAGAAUUUCACUACGAUAGUAGUGGAAACAGACAACAAGUGCGAGAAGACAUUGAAGGACAACGAAGAAAGAGAAAAGCAGGAACGUAAGACGCUGCAGGAAAAACAUGACGCUGAAAUAGAAUCAUUGAAGGCAAGCUUGACGGCGGCAGACCAAUUCUCAUCGAAAUUAACGGCAGAACUGAAUCGGUUAACCACUAAUUCCAAUACGAACCUGAAGGCAGAGGAAGAACGUUGCGACAACGAACUAACCGAACUAACGACGCUGGAGGAGAAAAAACGUGCAGACCUGGAGAACAGUUACAAUGACAUUAUAAAGCAGAAGGAGCUGGAUAUACAAAACCUUUUAAAUAUUUGUAAACAAAAAAACCAGAACUAGAAAAAUGUGUAUCAAACCCCUCAAGACGUGAAAUGAUUCUUUGAAUAUCACUGAUCGGUCGAUUACUUUUGUUUCCUAUUAUGUAUAUCUAAGAAAUAACGUUUUGUGUUAAAUGAAAGUUAUAAUAUUAUAACGUAGACAGUUUUUGCUAACUAACCGAUACCGGGUAUUUAUAGUAUUUCCAUAUUGUCCAGAAAGAAAGAAAAUAAAUAAAAAAAACUUCCUUAA